CCUCCUUAUUCCCCAGAUUUGAAUCCUAUUGAGCGUAUUUGGUGGCACCUCAAAUGUCUUAUACGUGAGAUAUUCCCGGAGGUUUCUGUAGACAAAUCCGAGAUAGAACAUGCGAGGCAGCAGCUGGAGUCUUGUUUGCAAGCUGCGUAG